AUGGCUCCUCAAAACUACGCCAAGGACCAGCCUUCGGGCUUCACAAAUAGAAUUGAGCGCGUGGCUAUCGUUGGUGCUGGAGGCGACGGUGUUGGAAGUCACAUGGCCAAGGCUCUCCUGGCCACGGGCAAGCACAGUGUGACCGCCAUCUCCCGCGUCGGGAGCACGAACACACUGCCCGAGGGCAUCAAGGUCGCCCGUAUCGACUACGACGACGAGAGCUCACUCGUCUCCGCCCUCAGGGGACAGCAGUUUCUCAUCAUCACCUUGUCCGUUAUGGCGCCCCAGGAAACGCAGGGCAAGCUCAUCACCGCUGCGGCCAAGGCUGGCGUCCCCUGGGUCAUGCCCAACUGCACAGGCCCCGAUUUCAUCAACGAGUCUCUGGCCAAAGAGAACCUGAUUGGAGCCGGCGUCAGAGCCAGCACCGACGCUAUUGAGAAGGCAGGUGUCUCUUCCUGGAUCGCCCUCGUUUGCGGUUUCUGGUAUGAGCACUCGCUGUCCUUGGGAGAGGGCUGGUUCGGCUUUGACUUUCCAAACCGGAAGGUCACCAUGAUCGAUGAUGGCAAGACGCGCAUCAACACGUCGACUUUGGAGCAGUGCGGCCGUGCCAUUGCUAGCUUGCUCAGUUUGAAGGAGCUGCCCGACGACGCGAAUGACACGGCGCCGACCAUUUCGCAGUGGCGUAAUCAACCGGUCUACAUCUCGAGCUUCCUCACAUCCCAGAGAGAUAUGCUUGACAGUGUGCACCGUGCAUUGGGGACGAAGGAUGCGGACUGGGAGAUCAAGCAUGAGCCAUCGAAGGCUCGGUACAAGAAGGGCCUCGAGCUCUUGAAGAGCGGCUCUCACCUGGGAUUUGGGAUAUGCAUGUAUACGCGCACGUUCUAUCCCAACGGGGAUGGUAAUUUCCAGGACAAGCUUUCCAAUGAAGUUCUUGGAUUGUCUGAGGAGAACCUCGAUGAUGCGACUGUGAACGCGAUCAAGCUGGUCGACAGCGGUUACAGCUACCGGUGA